AUGUUUUCAUACAAACCAAAGCAGAGUCCAAGUGGCCUAAAACGUUGUGUUGUCUCACUACCACAUCCAGCCACCACCAAUUCAGUCAAUGCCACUAUCAACCACCAUUCAACCCAAGGUGCACACCACCAAGUUCUUGCCACCUAUGCAUCUAUGCUCAAAACCCAUGUCCCUUCUGACGCCUACACUUUCCCCAGUCUUCUCAAAGCAUGCUCUUCUCUAAACCUCUUUUCCCUCGGUCUUACCCUCCAUCAACGCAUCCUCGUUAGUGGGUUGUCCCUCGAUGCCUACAUUGCCUCUUCUUUGAUCAACUUCUACGCUAAAUUUGGGUUUGCUGAUGUUGCUCGUAAAGUGUUUGACUUUAUGCCUGAGAGGAAUGUUGUACCUUGGACCACCAUUAUUGGGUGCUACUCCCGCACCGGUCGUGUGCCUGAGGCCUUUUCUUUGUUUGAUGAAAUGCGUCGCCAGGGAAUUCAACCCAGUAGUGUUACCGUAUUGAGCUUGCUGUUUGGAGUUUCGGAGCUUGCUCACGUGCAGUGUUUGCAUGGUUGUGCAAUUUUGUAUGGGUUUAUGUCUGAUAUAAGCUUGUCAAAUUCCAUGCUGAAUGUGUAUGGGAAGUGUGGUAACAUUGAGUAUUCUAGGAAAUUGUUUGAUUACAUGGAUCACAGGGACCUGGUUUCAUGGAAUUCGUUGAUCUCAGCCUAUGCCCAGAUUGGGGAUAUAUGUGAAGUUUUGUUGCUUCUCAAGACAAUGAGGUUACAAGGUUUUGAGGCUGACCCACAGACUUUUGGGUCCGUUUUAUCUGUGGCUGCAUCAAGGGGUGAGUUGAAAUUGGGAAGGUGCUUGCAUGGGCAGAUUUUAAGAGCUGGUUUUUACUUGGAUGCACAUGUUGAAACAUCAUUGAUUGUAAUGUACUUAAAAGGUUGGAAAAUUGACAUUGCAUUUAGAAUGUUUGAAAGGAGUUCAGACAAGGAUGUAGUUUUGUGGACAGCAAUGAUCUCAGGCCUUGUACAGAAUGGGUCUGCAGACAAAGCACUAGCUGUUUUCCGUCAGAUGUUAAAAUUUGGAGUGAAGCCAUCUACUGCUACUAUGGCCAGUGUAAUCACAGCUUGUGCACAACUAGGGUCUUAUAAUUUGGGGACAUCGAUCCUUGGUUACAUAUUAAGGCAGGAAUUACCUUUGGAUGUUGCUACUCAAAACUCUCUUGUUACCAUGUAUGCAAAGUGUGGUCACUUGGAUCAGAGUUCCAUUGUAUUUGAUAUGAUGAACAGAAGGGAUUUGGUUUCCUGGAAUGCUAUGGUUACUGGAUAUGCUCAAAAUGGCUAUGUUUGUGAGGCCUUGUUCCUUUUUAAUGAAAUGAGGUCUGAUAAUCAAACACCUGAUUCAAUAACCAUUGUCUCCCUCCUCCAAGGGUGUGCAUCCACUGGACAACUACACUUAGGAAAAUGGAUCCACAGCUUUGUGAUAAGAAAUGGCCUUAGGCCUUGCAUCUUGGUUGACACUUCUUUGGUAGACAUGUACUGCAAAUGUGGUGAUUUGGAUACUGCCCAAAGGUGUUUCAACCAGAUGCCAAGCCAUGAUUUGGUCUCAUGGAGUGCCAUAAUUGUGGGAUGUGGUUAUCAUGGCAAAGGGGAGGCUGCAUUGAGGUUUUACUCAAAGUUCCUGGAAAGUGGGAUGAAACCGAACCAUGUGAUUUUCCUCUCAGUUCUAUCUUCUUGUAGUCAUAAUGGACUAGUAGAGCAGGGCUUGAACAUAUACGAAUCAAUGACCAAAGAUUUUGGGAUUGCACCAGAUCUUGAACACCAUGCUUGUGUAGUAGAUCUCCUCAGUCGUGCUGGGAGGGUAGAGGAGGCAUAUAACGUGUACAAGAAAAAGUUCCCAGAUCCUGUACUUGAUGUUUUAGGCAUAAUCCUUGAUGCUUGUCGAGCAAAUAAUAAUAAUGAACUUGGUGAUACAAUUGCCAAUGAUAUUCUCAUGCUGAGGCCUAUGGAUGCUGGGAAUUUUGUACAAUUAGCACACUGCUAUGCUUCAAUAAACAAGUGGGAAGAAGUGGGUGAGGCAUGGACCCAUAUGAGAUCUCUUGGCUUGAAAAAAAUUCCUGGCUGGAGCUUUAUUGACAUACAUGGGACCAUCACUACAUUUUUCACAGACCACAACUCACACCCCCAGUUCCAAGAAAUAGUUUGUACACUCAAAAUUUUGAGAAAGGAAAUGAUCAAAAUGGAGGAAGUGGAGAUUUACCUUGAAAGCAGCCACAUAUCACAAUAA